CUAGCGAGCCCGCAUUCUCUCACUCCUCUGCCCUUCGGUCCUCUCUCUUCCCCCGCCAUCAAGGAAAGAAAAUCAUCUGGACUAGUCUUUGCAAAAACCAUGCAGACGCAGCCGCCUCGACCACCAUCGCCGGAGCAACGACGGGAGCAGCAGCAGAACUACCGGGGCCAGCGGAAUCCUCCUCCGUCGGAUGCCGAUGCUACGUCAUUUCUGCUGUUGGCGGUCAUCUUCGUGGCUUUCGCGAUCAUUUUUCUUUCGACGUCGUUCUCAACAAAUGGGAGUUAUUCUGUAUUACAUCAAGUCCCCGAGGGUCAUGUUGGUGCAUACUGGAGGGGUGGUGCUUUAUUGAAUUCAAUCACUAGUCCAGGCUUUCAUCUGAAAUUGCCACUAAUCACCCAAUUUGAGCCCAUCCAAGUGACCAUUCAAACAGAUCUGGUAAGAGAUAUUCCUUGUGGAACAAAAGGUGGAGUAAUGAUCAGCUUUGAUAAAAUAGAGGUCGUGAAUCGCCUUAAUAAGGGACAUGUAUAUGACACUCUUCUGAAUUAUGGUGUAAACUAUGAUAAGACAUGGAUAUAUGAUAAGAUUCAUCACGAGAUCAAUCAAUUCUGUAGUUCUCAUACUCUGCAACAAGUAUAUAUUGAUAUGUUCGAUCAAAUUGAUGAUAAAAUGAAAGAAGCUCUUCAGAUAGACUGCACACAAUAUGCUCCGGGGGUUGAAAUUAUAGGUGUUCGAGUUACAAAACCCAAUAUUCCUGCAGCUAUUAAGCGCAAUUUUGAACUUAUGGAGGAGGAACGAACUAAGGCUUUGAUCGCCAUAGAAGCACAAAAGGUUGCAGAGAAGGAAGCUGAGACCCAAAAGAAGAUAGCUUUAUCCGAAGCAGAGAAGAAUGCCCAAGUUAGCAAAAUUCUCAUGGAGCAGAAAUUAAUGGAAAAGGACAGCUUAAAACAGCAAGAGGCUAUCGAAAAUGAAAUGUACAUUGCUCGUGAAAAAAACCAAGCAGACGCAAGUUUUUACAGGGUGCUGAGGGAAGCAGAGGCUAAUAAACUGAAGCUUACACCCGAGUUUCUCGAGCUCAAAUUCAUUGAAGCCAUUGCAAACAACUCAAAAAUCUUCUUUGGGGACAAGGUUCCCAACAUGGUCUUUGAUCAGAGGAUUCUUGGUAAUUUUCUUAAUGGAUUCCCCAAGCAAGAACUCUGAGAGUUGGUCUGGAUUUCAACAUGGUAUGAAGAUGGAUAGCUUUUUUUAAUAAAACACACCUGCAUGUUCUUUGUUGUCGCCGAACGCAUCGAAGGGAUUUUAGUUGGAUUUAACCUUAAUCAAACCAAAUGUUCUGAUGGAUUUAACCCUUUUGCAUUUGAUAAAGCCGGGUUGUAGCAAGCACCCCUUUAGAAUUACAUGAUUUAUUUUAUU